GAGAAAGAAUAAGAAUAAGAAUAAUAAUAAUAAUAGUUUUAUAUUAUCUAAUAAUCGAAAUAAUCCAUCUGUCUGCAUAUAGGUAAUCGAGAUAAACCGUCUACGUAUUUAAACAACCUUCGAAUUGUGUGGGAUACUCAAAAGCGUAGUAACAAUUUCCAAGGAAUUAAUUGGCUAGAGAGAUUGAGAACAAGUUGGUCGUGUCAAUAGUUGUCCGGGUCAACUUCAAGGCAUUUUAAUGUGGCCCUUCAACCUCUGAAUGAGCGUGUCGUGUUUGGGUAUCACUUUCACAAAUGGGUCUCUGCCCCCAGCCUUCACGCCCCAUAUUUGUUUUUGGUUUGGUGUUCCGAAUAAGCAAGCCAUUCCAUUCCGGAGAUAAACAGCAGUUUAGUGUCAGCUAUGUCUAGCAGCAGAUUCAUGGGGACGUAAAACAACGAGCUCUCGAGAUGCUCGCAAGAAUCGAAAGGGGGAUCUACCAUCUUGCUAUAUUUGCCGUCUCUGGUUUCAGUUUUGGCUAUUGUUCUUGUUCCGAAAGCGGGUUGCGAUGCUGUCAAUGAAAUGAGAACAAUGUCUGCAUUUUGUUGUGUUUGUCCGGUUCACAUCGAAGUAGCAAUGAAAGGCCACACGAAUGGGGUCCCAAAUGGAAGCCACUAGAAAAUCCCCCGGAAAUUGGCAAAUUGACUGCAGAUGAAUAAGCCAAUCGGGGGAAAUUCCUAGGCGCUGGAAAGUGACGGAAUUGAAGCCAUCCCAGUGGAUUUGCAGGAUACAAACACCGCUAUGAGCCAACUUUCAAAACUAACAGCAAACCAACGUGAGGACGGAAUCCGAACUACUUGAGACCAUCCAUUUUAGCGUACUGUUCGAUAAUUUUGACGUGGACAUUGGCUCAUCCCACUCCCACUGAUAGCCUUCCCUAAGUCGUAAGAUCACUAUAAAAGGGCUUCAACAUAGAACGUCGUUCACAAAAAUUACUGUCGGAGACUUGUAAGAAGCUUUGAACGCGAACCGGGCGAAAGGAUGAGCGCCCCUAUGCCUCACGUUUUAGCAAUCCCUUACCCUGCACAGGGCCAUGUGAUUCCCCUCUUAGAGAUUGCCCAGCUACUGGCCAAACACGGCUUGAGAGUCACUUUCGUGAACACCGAUUUCAACCACAGCAGAAUCGUGAGGGCAGUUGAGAGGAUGGACUUUCUCGGAGACCAAAUCCGACUCGUAUCUAUCCCCGAUGGGCUGGGGCCUGGUGAGAACCGGAAUGACCUGGAGAAGAUAACCGAGGUGAUGUUCCGGGUCAUGCCCGGGAAGCUACAGAAGCUCAUAGAAGAGAUUAACAGGAAGGAAGAGGAUAGGAUUACUUGUGUGCUUUCUGAUGCGUGUGUGAGUUGGCCCAUCGAAGUAGCCGUGAAGAUGAAGAUCCCGCGAGCAGCGUUUUGUCCUUUCUCAGCAGCUGUAUUUGCAUCGGGGCUGGCCGUACCGAAGUUGAUAAAGGACGGGGUCAUAACGGAUGAUGGAACUGUAAUUGGGCAGCAGACAUUUCGGUUGGCCCCCGACAUGCCCGUCAUGGGUGCAACAAACCUGCUGUGGACGUGCAUGGGUGCCUCGUUCUCGCAGAGGAUUGUUUUGGACUUGAUGGUUGGGUACAGCGUGAGCUUGAAAUUAGCGGACCGGGUGAUCUGCAACUCGUCAUCUGUCCUCGAGCCCGCAGCUCUUGAAUUCAUCCCCCAAAUGAAGCCCAUAGGCCCACUCCUGGCUGGUGACCGGUUUGGAGACCCCGGCGGGUACUUCUGGGUGGAAGACACUAGCUGCCUGAAGUGGCUCGACGAGCAGCCGCCCAACUCAGUCGUCUAUGUUGCUUUUGGGAGCUUCACGGUCUUUGAUAGGACCCAAUUCCAGGAACUGGCACUGGGACUUGAGCUCUUGCGCAGGCCGUUCCUCUGGGUCGUGAGGCCAGACAUCUGUGAAGAGACGGACGAGUUGUACCCGGAGGGCUUUCAAGAAAGGGUCUCAGGCCGCGGAAAGAUGGUCGGUUGGGCCCCACAACAGAAAGUAUUGUCCCACCCUUCGGUAGCUUGCUUUGUAAGCCACUGCGGCUGGAACUCUACCAUGGAAGCGACAAGCAAUGGGGUCCCGCUCUUGUGCUGGCCGUAUUUCGCAGACCAAUUCCUUAACGAGAGCUACAUAUGCGACAAGUGGAAGACGGGACUGAAGUUCGACCGAGGCGACGGGGGAAUAGUUACGCGGGACGAAAUCAAGCUCAAGGUACACCUACUUCUUGACAACGGGGAGUUUAGCAAACAAACCCGAGAUCUCAAGGAAAAGGUCAAGGCCAGCGUCCGGGAAGGUGGGGAAUCUCACACGAACUUCAUUGAUUUCGUCGAGUGGAUCAAAGCAUUGUGACUUGACUUGUGAUCCAGCAAAAAAUAGUGAAACAAAAACAACGUCGAAACUUGGACAUCAAGAAGCCUAUAAAAAAAAAAAAAAAAAACCUAUGCAAAGAAUUGUACGGUUGUUCUUAGAUUUAUAAUUGAGUAGAGUUGAAUUUUGAUUUUAAUUGAUUUUGUAUUGUUGAAUUAUGAGAAAACGUGUGAAAAAGUAAUGAAUAAUUAAGAGAA